ACUCUCUGGAUGACUGUGGGCUUCGUUACUUCCUGGCGGUGCGUCACCACACGUACUUGUUGCGAUGCCUGCCCUUGGCACAGCGGGCGCAACUGCAGCGCCACGGUCUGGGCCCUCACAACCUGGUCUGGGCUUUCCACUCGGAGACCCAAGAGGAGCUUGCACAACUCAUCCCUGCCCUGCAGAAGCCCACCCUACGUUGGGCCGAGCUUAGGGAACUCGGCAUUGGCUGGUGGGUCCGUUCCAACCAGCUGCUAAGACGUAUCAUUGAGAAGCUGGCCAAAAGUUCCUUCACAGCUAAACAAAACCCCUUGGAUGCUGCACUUUACUAUAUGGCAAUGAAGAAGAAAACAAUUCUGGCUGGACUGUUCAGGACUGUGAACGACAAGCGGAUGUCCGACUUCUUCCAAAACGACUUCUCUCAAGACCGUUGGAGAAAAGCAGCGCUCAAAAAUGCCUAUGUGCUGCUUGGGAAACAACAGUUUGAGUAUGCUGCAGCUUUCUUCCUCCUGGCCAAUGCCGUGAAGGAUGCUGUACAGGUGUGCCUGAGCAAGCUUGAGGACCUGCAGCUGGCCAUGGUGGUGGUACGCCUGUAUGAGGGUGACCUCGACUCGGUUCCCGAGCACCUACGACGGCUGCUCAAUGCCGAGGUGUUGGGUCAGCCCGAGGGCGCCGAAGGCACAUCCCUGGAGCUGGCCCAUCCAGAUCCAUUCCUGCGCUCCAUGGCACUGUGGCUACUGCAGCAUUACGAGGAAUCACUCACCACCCUGCUUCAGACACGUGUGGGGCAAGAGCAUCAUACGAUACACCAGGAGACGCAGCAGCUGUCCAGCAGUGCAGCUGGGCAGGCUGCAAAUGCCAGCGACAAAGGUUCCAUCUCGAGUCCUACAACAGCCGACGACACUGCUGACCCAGGGGUGUUCAACUUCUACCUCUACCUGCGCACGCAUCCACUUGUGGUGCGACGCAACCUGGCCAAGUCCAUGAGCAUGCGCCGCAAGCACGGCCGUGCGGUGCUGCUUUCGGGAUUCAAGCCCGGCAGCACAGUGACCAAGACGCUAACACCAGGAGGAGCGACCAGCAGUGACACCAUUACGCCACUGGAGCGACGGCUGUUCUUCACGACCAGCCACGCGCACUUCCGUGCUGGCUGCCCGCCGCUUGCGCUAGAGGUGCUGUCGCGACUGCCCAACUGCAUUCUUGAUGACAGUGGUAAUGUCAUGACCGAGGAAGGCUCUCCUGCCAAGAAAAAUGACUCUAAUGCUGGGACUCCAUCGGGUGCCAUCAGCAACGGGCCAGUGAAACAGAAAGCUGAAGACUUUGACUGGAGUCAACCUGUGGCAAAGGUUCCACAAAAGGCGGAAGACUUUGACUGGAGCCAGCCCCUAACCAAGAGUACAGCUGCCACGGAUAAGGCAGAUGCAUUCGACUGGAGCCAGCCUCUCGGCACAGAUACACCCCAGCGAAAAACGGACAGCUUCGACUGGGGUCCACCACUGGCCGGCACUGAUGCUCCUAAUGUCGAGGAUACCAAAGGCUCGAGGCAGUUAGAAGAAGAAGAAACACUAGCUCAAAAUAGGGUAGAGACCCUAGACAUCAUGGCGCAGCAACUGAAAUUCAUGGCAUGCCUUAAGAUCAUGAUGGAGGAACUGAGCACUCUGGCUACAGGCUUCGAGGUGGAUGGGGGCCAGCUGAGGCAUCAGCUCUAUGUCUGGCUCGAGCGUUGUGUGGCGGCACUCAAGGAAUUGUGCCAGUACGGCACUGCUAUGCAGGCUGCUGGUAGUUCCUCAGUAUCGGAGACGUCCAUCCUUCCCGAUGCAACCGGUGAGGAAGCUGGUGGAAGAGACAGGGCCAACACUGCUGACGGAACCCAGCCAGGGGCACCAUCUCUGCACGCCAUCUUGGUCGCAGACAAGCAGGAUUUCGAGGCCAAGUUGGUGCGCGCUGCACGCCGCAAGCUGUGGCUCAAGGCCAACGAGGCAUUGCUCCGCACUCUGCUGUCCUACACCGGCCUUCACGGAGCACACGGUGGAGGCCUGGCCGCAGUGCGCAUGGAGCUCAACCUGCUGCUGCAGGAGUUGCAGCAAGAUCGUUCCCAGCAGCAGUUGUUGUCUCCACUUCCUUUCCCGACAACGCUACCGCUCUUGGCUGCCAGUGUGGCCUGCCAAAAAACAGUGGUUGCCGAUCCAGUGCGCCUUCUGCAGCUAAUGGCACACGACAUCUUGCUGACGGUGAUGGACCUGGAAGAGCCCCCUGGCGAAGCCACAAGUGCCAGCACCUUCUCUAGGGUGUCGGUGUUGUGGGACCUGGGCACUUCCCUGUCUGCCUGCAUCUACCAGGCACUUUGUGACAGCGACAGCUUUGGUCUCAAGGGUCAACAGGGUUCCAACAGGGGACUUGACGUCGAGGACUGCCUCAGCCUUAGUGUGGUGUACCAGAACAGCCACCUACUAGCAGGCCAUGCCACCAGGCGACCUCGUUUGGGUAGCACUGAUGAGCCCCUCUCACCUUCCACACAGCCCAGCAAGUGGCCAGGUGUGCAGUCUCUACGUGCAUUGAUGGCUCGUGACAAAGACGAAGAUGGUCCCCGGCUGCACACCUUGCUGUGUGAGUCCUUCGUGGCUGUCUACCUGAGCCAGCUGAUUCACGCGCUGGCCUCCUGCGACUGCCAUGUCCUCUACCGGCUGGUGGGCCAGCGCUUCACCCAGCGCACCUGGUCAAUGCUGUUUGGUGGGGGAGCCAAGAAGCUGCUACGUGUGUCUGCAGGUGGCUCCAGUGGAGCUGUCACACCAUCAGCAGCAGCUCCUGAAAAGGAGGCAACAGCCACUGUUGAGACUGGUAUUUUUGAUGCCAUCACCCGCCAGCGUGUCAAGUGGAACAUGAAAAUUUUGCCUCAGCUGAAAAGCGAAGCUCCACAGGCGAAUGUCCGUGAAGACCGUCCUACGUACAGGGAAAUCUUUGUACCCCCAAUCAUGUCAAUGAUGUCCUGCUUUAUGUCCAAGCCUAUCCUCCCGGACCAGAUGGCAGCGAUUGACUACGACUCGGCAGCAUCACUUUCCAGCGACGAAGAGGAUGCCGCAGGAGGCCAUGAUGAAGAGAUUGAUGAGGAUGAUGUGUUCAAGGAUGCAGGCACGACCGAGCAGCAGCGACGGCCCUCUCAGGGGUCCCGCCUGGAGCAACUGGAUCCUGGCUCGUACGCGUGGGCUCUCAUGCGGUUCGCGGUUGUGAAAAUGGUCAACCACAACUUACGAGACUUCCUCACUGUGGCUGGCAUUGAGCUGCAAGAGCUCCCGGUGACAAGCCCCCUUCUGCAUGCGUCCCUGCGUGCCAUUGACCACUGGCUGCGGCACCUGCGUGAGUCGCUGGAGGCCCAUGGCAGUGCACCCCCCGGCCUGCUGCCCAACUCGCAUGUCGAGGCGUCCGGCCAGGGUGCCGCACCUGUGCAGGGGCCCCCCAUCCUCAAAUACAAGGUGCUCCUGGAGGUGGACAACACGCCUUUCAGCCGAAGCAAGCACCCUGCAGCCCACCCAGCUCGCAGGCUGUGGAACUACCUGGUGCGGCAAGAGGGUGUUCAGGACCUGUUCAUUCGUUAUCUCUUCUCCCACAAGGUGACACCACUGCCAGAUACACAAGGCCAAACGCAGGCAACAAAAGGUCAGACGCAGCCACCAAAAGAAGGACCGACGACCACUCCUGGUGGUGAAGGUGACGAUCAUUCCCUCGAUGGUGGUGUUCUAGAUCCCGUCCGUAUCAUCCACAAAGAUCAAGAAAGCAUCUCGGCCUUCUGCAUCAGUCAGGUGAACGAAGGAAUUUUGUCUCUGGCUACACCGAAAGAGUUGCAAGAGCUGGACAUCUCAGCUCUGCUAGAGCCCGCACCUUGGCUCGAUGACGAGGCAGAAUUCGACAUUCUCACUUUGAACAGGCCUCCGGAGCCCCCAGCAGGGCAAGCAUUGGACUUCCUGGUGGUGCAACACCCACUGGACCGGCACAAUGCCUCAGUGGGUACUGGGAUGCCUGGCGCUGGGUCCUCCGCAUUCACCAGCCCUACCAGCGCCAACCCUCCCUCAUUGGCACAGACGGGUCGGGGUACCACUAUGAUGAAGGGGCUGAAUUUCCCCGGGAGCACUAACGCCCACUUCUGUCAGAUUGUCCUCGAGCGAAGCCGUCUCAUGAUCAAGCCGCUAAAACGACAUCGUGUGGACUCGGUUCGGCGGCUGGCAGCCCACCCAGUGCUCCCACUCUACCUCUCUGGCUGCCAGGAUGGCUCUGUCAGCCUCUGGGAAUGGGGCCAUGCACAGCCUGUGUCGACACCAAGGCUGGCGGGCACCUUUGCCAAAGUAACCAGCCUGCUCUUCAACCAGCAAGGGAACAAGUUUGGCGUGACUGACGGCGAUGGAAACCUGAGCCUGUGGCAAGUCAGCAUGACGUCCACAAACGCCAAGCCCUUUUUCAGCGCAUCAUGCCACACCAAGCAAGCCAGCGACUUUGCCUUUGUGAGCUCAUCUAGUCUGAUAGCCACGGCGGGCCACUCCACGGAAAACCGCAAUGUCUGCCUAUGGGACACACUACUUCCCCAACGCAAGGCGCUCAUUGCCUCUUUUUCUUGUCAUGAGCACGGCAGUUCUGCAGUGGUGUUUGCACCACAAAACCAGCUCCUGAUCUCGGCUGGAAAGAAAGGAGACGUCUUCAUAUUUGACGUGCGGCAACGGCAGCUGCGCCACAAGUUUCAGGCGCACGAAACAGCCAUCAAGUGCCUUGCCCUGGAUCCCCGGGAAGAAUACUAUAUCACCGGAUCUGCUGAUGGGGACAUCAAGGUCUGGGGUCUGCCAGUCCACGUGCUGCUGUACGCCUUCCCCAGCGAGCACUCUCGGAGUACGCUGUUCCGGAACAUUGGCAUGGGUGUAACACACCUACUGACCGAUGCCAAGGGCCGGCUGUAUUCGUGUGGCGCAGAUGGUUCCAUGAAGAUGCGCCAGCUUCCCGACCGUGAUGCUGUGGUAGCCAGUUUCACCUAGCACAACAUCCCACCACUACGUUUUGCUUCUCUGUCCCUGCACCUUUCAAUGUCCGACCUUGUGCUGCAUGCAGAGUGACGGGAAACCGAGUUGUGUGGCUUUGCAACUGUUAUCUCUGGAAAUAGUCGAUUUCUGCAAUUAUGUAUCCAGGUUUCAACCAUCCCCUGGUCUUGUGUAUCCUUGCGAGCCCCAAUAGUUUAUGCAGCAAUGGAGCAACGGGAACCCAGAGAUCUGCUGAGGGUUAGUUCCCUAUAAGCCUUCUUGGCGCUCUUUGUGAACCCGUGUCCACCCCCCCUCCUUUUUUUUACUGUGCUCUUAUAAAUAUACAUACCUCUGUUGUUGAAUGUGCAGUGUAGCUGUGAUAAAUUUUUCCCCACUUCCCUGUUAAGUCACAUUUGCCACGUGGUCCUGUUCCAAGUGACAUUCCUCUCAACGUGCAGAACCAGGGCACAGCUUCGAUGGGGGAGAUGAAGCAGUCUUGGACAUACGUUUGUUUUAUGCAAAUUAUGCACUGGCUGUUGAUUGCUUGGUUAGCCAUUGUGCGUGGUAGGUGCAUGGAAGCUGUUCAAUUGCUAGUCGAAAUCAGCGGUUGCGGUUUUUCUCCCCUACUGCAGACAAAGCUGAGAUGAUUAAAUCAAAUAUGCGCAGUCAUUAGUGUAGAGAACUAAAGCACGUUUGUAUAUAUGUAUUUAUGACAUAAAUUUUUGCUUAUGCCAUUGUGUUCUACUUAGCCUUAUUUUUUAGAAGCGACUAUAUAGAGGUGGUGAUGAUGGAACGUGCAAAUUGUCUGAAAUAAAAAGUUACAGUGGG